GGGAGGGGAGGGGGAGAAGCAGACUGAAUCAGGAAACAAGCAAUCAAACUCAACCACAGCCAAUGCAUCACUGAGGCUCGCUUAUUAUAGACACAGCCCAACUCUGUACAGCUUCGUGUGCAGCACCAGCAAUAAGACAGGAGGGAGAGAAACAAAGUAAAUAAGGGAUGCACUAAAUCUGUGUGAGCUCAGCUCUCUCCAUCAAGCAACAUCCAGCAGGAGAUGGAGGAAAGGCUGAGUGCCCAGGAUUCUGGGAUUCUUCCCACAUGGAUGCUGAAGUAGAGUAGAAGUUUAGGGACCACAAUGAGCUCUGUGCAUCCUUCCAGCCUUGCCUACAGAAGGAGAGCCCCAUGCAGCUCACUCUGCCUUCUGCGAUGUGUUACUAGCCAGCCAAUGGCACACAACCCUCUGCAAUCAACACAAGCUAAUGUGGUACCCUUCCUGGCAAAACUGUGACAAUGACAACAGGCUGCAAGUCUGCUUUCACAGAGCUCAGAAGCCAAAGAGGUCACAGACCAAUGGUACUAUAGUGACCCGGGUCUCCUGCCAAGUGAAGAACGGAUCUCUGUGCUGAGGGAACCAGUGACAUAUUAUUGCUGGAGGAUUCCAAACGUUCCAUGAGAAAGAUUGGUCUGUGUUCUGGAUAAUUAUUUAUUCCGUUGGUUUGGAGUUUCUAAACGUGUUCCACAAAUCCAGCCUUGAUGGAGUAAAGCGGCGCCUGCCAUUUCCUAAAUGUUCAUGUAGUAAUAGCACUAACAGCAUUCUCCCAAAAUUAGGCAACUCUGAAGACUGCAAGGGGGUUGUUAAGGGCAGUAAGCUCCUGUUUCCUUUCUGAGAUUGUCUCUCACUUUCCUGGGCAGCAGGAUGAAGUCUGCCUUGUACAGUCGUUUCUUUAUUCUUCUCCCCUGGGUAUUGAUUGUUGUGAUUAUUAUAGACUCUGACACAAGGAAGCCCUCUAGUUCCAGCAGGCUUCCCUCUGCCAGGCAUUACUCCCCUUAUUGGAACCGUAGAGUUGGUCGCUCAGCUUUGAUGAGACCCCAGCCCAGUGACACCAGCGUGGGUACAUGGGCCACUCACCAGGAGCAAGUGUCCAUCCCUGGAGUCCAGAAGAUGAAGAAUGACACCUUGCCUAUAAUAUACGCAAUUACCCCAACCUACAGUCGGCCAGUGCAAAAGGCUGAGCUCACUCGGCUGGCCAACACGUUUCGACAGGUGGCUGGCUUGCACUGGAUAGUGGUGGAGGACUCUCCGCAGCCCACUGAGCUGGUCAACCGCUUCUUGGCCAGGGCCGGUGUGAGAGCCACUCACCUGCAUGUCCCCACCCCACGGAGGUACAAGCGGGCUGGUCUCCCCAGGGCCACAGAGCAAAGGAAUGCAGGACUCACCUGGCUGAGGCAACAAUACCAAACACAGCUCCUCCACCGCCAAACCACUGCACCUGGCUCCUCUCCACACCUGCCCAACAUCUCUGGGGUAGUCUUCUUCGCAGACGAUGACAAUACUUACAGUCUGGAGCUUUUUCAGGAGAUGCGCACUACUCAGAAGGUCUCAGUGUGGCCGGUAGGGCUGGUUGGAGGACGUCGCUAUGAACGACCAGUUGUGGAGAAUGGAAAAGUGGUGGGCUGGUACACAGGAUGGAGAGCAGACAGACCCUUUGCCAUUGACAUGGCAGGAUUUGCAGUGAGUCUUCAAGUGAUCCUUUCAAGCCCAAAAGCUCUAUUUAAGCGAAGAGGUUCCCAGCCUGGAAUGCAAGAAUCUGAUUUCUUGAAACAGAUUACAAAAGUAGACGAACUCGAACCAAAAGCCAGCAACUGCACAAAGGUUCUUGUGUGGCACACUCGAACAGAGAAGGUAAACUUGGCCAAUGAGCCCAAACAUCCUCAGGAUACAAUUAAAAUUGAGGUAUGAUCAUUAAAUGCCAUUGUGUCGAGUCCACAAGAAUGAAUACCCUAAGGGUCCUUUAAGAAGUGGUCAUUCAAAGGAUGUAAAGCUGCCAUUUGCUGUCCUACGCUGAUCUUAUGUUGGCCUUCAAUCAAAAGCUUCAAGUUCCUGGAAUGCCAAGAACAUAUGUGGAACGUUACAGACUUUACAACUUGUGUGUUAUACUGUAUUUGUACAUGGUCUGCAUGUGCCACUAUGCCUCAUUUUCCUAAGCCCUGUCCUGUAGGAUAGGACAAUGUUGAAGUCUGUGUUUACAAUAGGGCCCCCUAUGUAAUGAUUACAGGUUCUAGAACAUAACAUACAGAACAUUCUACUCACAGAAUUACAGCAUACAGAUCAAUGAUUGCCUUGUCAGUAUUAAGUAAUAAACUAUAGCCACAAAGGCUAGAUUAAAUACAAACAAUCUGUGGAAUUAUCCAUUUAAAACUGGGGAAGGGUAACAACUCUUUAAUACUAGGCACCUUAAAAUGUAAACACAAUCACGGUCAUAAACCUGGAUGUACUUUCUAGGAAGAAAAUUUUAUAGUGGGUAAUUAUUCAGCAGUUGUGCUAAAUAUACAUAUUCCACCAUGAAGGACAAAUUGUAUAAAAGUAUGCGGUGAACUUGCAUAACUUGUUCUUAGAGAACAUAGACCUUCUUAGAUAAUGCAACUUGCAGACAUGUUCCGUCCAGGAAUAUAUUCCUUUCAAAUGCAACGGUUGCAGGUUCGGCCCACUGUAAUAACAUCACAGAAUACAAUAAAUCGACAUCCAAAAGGUGUUAAAACAAGAAAAUGCUGUUCAGUGACACAUUUCUAAUCGAUUCACAUGAUUAAACUGAAUUUCAUACCAUCACAAUAUGUUUUCAAGGAUUGAUAUACAGAAAGGGAUAGGUAGGAAAGGGGAAGCAUUGCUAUAUUGUUUUGGAUACUUAUACCAUGAAACCCAUUUUCGUUAAAAUGUAAUCAUUAGAUUUGUGUGUUUUUUGUGUGUGAAAUUGGAGCGGAAAUACCUAUACAGGUUGGACAAGCAGCUUUUAUAUAUUAGUCAUGAAAUCAUAGAUCUAGAAUGCCAGUUAUAUGAAAAUGCUAUUUAACCCUUUCUGUGUCACAGCCGAGGGCUACUUUGCAUUGUUCACCCUGUUCUGGCAGUCAUUGAGGGUUAAAACCACUAGUUACCACAAAUUCAAAUCAAUACAAAAUUGACAAGUCCAUCUGAACGGCUCUGUUUAUGAGCAUCUGGAAGAGAAAGCAUAAUAUGUACAUGGCUGAAAUAAGGAGCAUCAUGUGCAUCAAAGCAAGGAAUGUAGAAUGGAUUCUCUUGAUGAGGUCUCGGAGGAUGCUUUUAUUUCCACAGCUGCGUGCUUAGAGUCUGGCCAGUGGCAUUUCCAGCCCAUCCGCCUCCUACAGUGUUAGCUGGUUGACCAAAAGCCAUCACAUUGCUUGCUCCGUUCAGAUUAAUUGCGCUCAUUUGCUGGUUCAUCUGUAAAGCACAAAAGCAAGAAAUUAAAAUGUAAGCACAACCAGUAUCUGUGAGGUUUGUCCAAGCAUGGCUGUGUUCACUUUAUACCUUGUAUGCCACACACCCUCACACUUCACUAGGGAAUGAAAAUAUUUAUUUUUGCAACCAAUCUGGAUUCUAUCCCCGCUCUCUUGAUUUACAGUUUGAAUAAUUAGGGAUGCAUAACUAUAAACGAGAGAGCAUGGGACUUCACUGACAUUGAAAUGAUUUUCAUUAGUGUAUAACACAAGGCUUGUAACAUGUGACCCUCUAUGGCAGGCACAGAAGAUGUUUGCUAAUCUCUGUCCUCUAACAAAAACACAUGCAUGGUGCAUAUUUACUACCAGUGCCUGCUACUAGACUUUACAGUUGAAUACGGGCUCAACUGGAGAAAUAAAUUAUUGUAAGCACAAGUUGGUUAUUUUUUUUUUUUGCCCAUUUAUGUUGAUGUUUGUAUGUUCAGAUUUCAUUGUGGACCUCAAGAAAUGUAUCUAUUUUUCAUACAAAUGUAAUAUUACCUGUGGAUAAACAGUAAAGAUGAACCAAUUCCCA